GAAAACGGUAAUAAUUAAACGUUUCCUUGGCUGUAAUAUGGAUAUUUAGAGUUUUUAUUUAUCACAAAGUCCUCAUUGUGUAUUUUGCCCCUCGCCGCCGACUUUUCAUUAUGGAAUAAUGAAGGAAACAACGCUUCUUUCUCAGAGACUGCAAUGAGGUAGAAGAAAACAGAGAUGGAGAAGAAUGGUGUUUUAACUGCUGAGGUGGUCUCCAGCUGUGUGUCCAACCUUGGACGCGUUGGCACUGGGCUGCAACAUUUUUACCACCACCUGUCUCUGCCUAGUCAGGAUCUCAGUGACAUCUCCGUCUUAAGCAAUUAUAUCCAUCUUCACAAGCUGGAACUCCCACACAACAAAAUUAAAGAUUUAUCCUGUGUGAGCCACAUGCCCUACCUCGUCAUCCUGGAUGCUUCUCACAAUGAAAUCUCCAGCUUCUUUGGAUUCGAGCCACCCAAGAACCUAAAAGAGGUCAACUUCUCCCACAACCGUAUGACAAAAAUGAAGGAUUUGUCAGCGUAUUCAUCUCUUAGUCAUUUGGAUCUGGGCUACAACAGUCUCAGUGACAUCAGUGGUCUUGACCAAUGUUGCAGGCUCUCCCAGCUCAGCCUGGAACACAACAAGAUCUGGAGGAUCAGCGGCCUGGACAGUCUGCCUCUCACACACCUCUGCCUUAGGGGGAACCAGCUGCAGAGGAUUGAAGGGUUGGAAAAUCUAAAGAGUCUGCAAGUUCUCGACUUGUCUCUGAACCGCAUCACCAGUCUCUCUGGCCUCCAGAAUCUCCACCUGCUGGGCUCCCUCAAUCUGGAGAAAAACCUGAUUUGUGAAAUUCAGGAGUGCAAACACAUUCAUGAUCUUUUCCUGUUGAGGGACCUCAACCUGCUGGGAAACCCUGUUCAGGAACAGCCUGAUUACAGACUGGCAGUCAUCUUCCUCCUUCAACAUCUGACCGUGUUGGACCAAGAGAAAGUCACUGUAGAAGAAAAGGUUUCAUCCGUAAACAAAUAUGACCCUCCUUUGGAUGUGGUGGCAGCCAGGAAUCACAUGACCCACCUGGUGUAUCAGCUGAUGCAGCCCCAGGUGCUCUAUGACAGCAGUACUAUGCCUAGUGCAGACUCUCCGUAUCCUAUGCUGGUUCUGACUGGUCCUCAAGGCUGUGGGAAGAGAGAGCUGGCUCACAGACUGUGUCAGGAGUUGAGCGAUUACUUUGCCUACGGAACGUCUAACACCACGAGGGGGCCCUACCCCGGAGAGGAGGAUGGAAUCGAUUACCAUUUUGUCAGCGAGGAAGAAUUUCAGAACAUGAUCCAAAUGGGUAAGUUUAUGCAGACCAUGCAGUACGGAGGUCACAGCUACGGUCUGACCAGAGACGCCAUAGAGGAUGUAGCCAGAGAAGGACUCGCCUGCUGUGUGCAUAUGGAGCUAGAGGGUGUGUUCAGUCUGAAGAACAGCUACUUUGAGCCUCGAUACAUCCUGCUCAUCCCCAUCCAGGCUGACAAGUAUCUGGGCCACCUGAAGAGCCGUGGUCUCUACACCCCAGCACAGAUUGACACAGCGGUGUCGCGUAUAGAGCUCUAUGCCAGCACCAACAAGCAGCGACCUGGAUUCUUUGAUAAUAUUAUUCCCUGUGAUGACUGGGAGGAAGCCUAUCAGACGCUGAUGCAGGUAGUGAAGGAGUACCUGUUGCUAGAGGAGCAGGAGGAAGGAGAAAACAACAGAGGAUCCCCUGACAACAUCUCCACUGGUCUGGAGCCGGAGGAGAAGCCGCCCUCGCCGCCCCUGCCGAGGUCAGGAUCAGGCACUCAUGCGUCACAGCCCGCCACAGCACUUGACCCCUCUGAUCUGUCUUACAGGAACUAUUUUACCAAGAUCCAGGCAGAGCUCAGCCCUCAGAAAAGCCCCACUGAGCUGGCCUCCAUCAGGAGGCGUGAGCAGCUGGUGAGAGAGGCUAUUGUGGGGAAGAGUCCAGGGGUCUACAGCCAGCUCUUCAAAAGCUCUGCUCAAGCAGCACCGUCAUCACUGCAGAAUCCUGAUAUUAGUGAGGAGAACAGCUCAGAUGAAUCUUGUGCCAGUUCGCCACUGACUGUGCCCGGUUCAGCUGGGGGCUUGUCUGCUUCAGUGGAGCCGCUAGAUAUGUCUGCCCUGGGACACACCUUGGGAACACUACAAGGCCAAACUCCUGAAGCCCCCCAGCCAGGCUCUGACCAGCUACCUGUGGCCGCGUCUCCCUCUUCUGAUAGACGCCCUGGAUCCAACGUCAAGCCCAUCCUGCCACCGAUCCCCACCGGGCGCAAGACGCCUGCAUCACCCAGCCCGGCUGCUUCACCCAGACCCAGCCCCAACAAAGUAGUCAGAGAUGGAGGAGAUGCAGAAAGGGAGGGGUAGCUUCACAUGUGAGAUAAAGCCAAUCAAUUAGUAUCUGUAUGAAAGUACCUAACUUAAAAUAUAAGCUUGGCUUGUCAGAUUAAAAGAACAUCCAAAAUCUGCACCUGCACAAUUAAAAGUCAACCACAAAACCACACAUAUGUUGCUAUUUUACAACAAACUACACAGACUGUGAUGUGACACGCCAAGCCAAACACUUGAGGUUAGAUUUUGUUGUCAGAGCUUGUCUUUUCCUGUGAUCUGUUAGUCAUGCCACAGCACGUCUUGAUCUUUUGCACUUAUAAUAUACUGUAUACAAGAUAAAUGAUGGUGUUAAUUACCUUAUAUAAGGCGACUACAGUAUGAUUAUAGGUAAAGUUGUGUGUUUUCCUCUCUGUGGAUUCUCUGGCCUAAAGGAAUAAAGUGUUGACAUAUGUUAUGAUUAAAGCUCACACACAUAUCGUCGAGCAUGCCUUCCGGUCAUGUUAAACAUAGCAGUGCUCUUUUGUGUUUUCACAUUAAUAUGUUCAGAUUCUUGACUAGAGGAGGUAUCUUGGAAAAGUUCAUGUCUACAAAGUAUGUGGUGCACGUCAUGUUUUAUGAAUGUAGCAUUUAUUUUCCUGACAGUGAAGUGGCAUUAUAUUUCCUACCGUUCAGUAAACUCAUCAAAUAGGAUUUGCCAUUGACGUCUCGAUACUGAUCUUUUAUAUGCGGCAUGGCGCUCUUGUCACUGGAUGAUAAAUACAUCAUUAAUCUUUAUCUCUUCUGAUGGGAUUAUUUAUUCAACUGGAAAUGCAUUCAUAUGGAAGUUGUUGACAGGUAUUAAACAGUGAGCCAUCACAAACAA